AUAUGGAAUCGCUGUGGCACAUGGUCAUGUGGAGCCGGAUUUUCCUUAUAUCAGUAUGUGUCAUUCCAGCCAUAGCGCCAUCAAAGCGCCAGAGAGAUGUGUGUUCGCUCAGUUUGUUAACAUUGGAGCUUUCAUGAUGGCAGCAAACGUCUACAUCAGAUACAAGCAGAUGACUGAGGUUCUGAACCUGCUCUCUGCCACCAAGGGAGACAAGCGAGUCAAUAAGCUGUCUCUAGGCAUCGGAUUUGUCUCCGCUUUUGGGCUCACAGUGGUGGCCAACUUUCAGACAGUGGACAUGCGAGCUGCUCAUUACACAGGGGCCACUUUGGCCUUUGCUCUGGGGUCAGUUUACUGUUGGAUGCAAACCUCCUUGUCCAUCAGACACACCAGGUGGACCUGCGUGGCCAUCAGUCAACUAGUUAACAGUAUUGCUCUGACAGUGUGUCUUAUUGUCUUUGCUGUUAGUAAAACGGUGUACAAGCUGUAUGAAAAUACAGGACAUGGGACAAAGUUUGAUGCACUGAGAGCUGUCUACUUAAUAUCUACAGUCUCUGAAUGGCUGACCGCAGCAUCUAUUGUGACGUUUGUGUUAACAUUCUAUCGAGAUUUCUCCAAUGUUUGGCUCAAGUCUCCCAGUGUCAGGAUCAUCAAUCAUGACGCAGUUUUAAAGGUGUUUCGCUCACCUGUAUCCGGUGCUGUCCGACAGAAUGACCCAGUUAAUUUGUGA